AAGGUUUAUAUUAUUUUCUAAUUCCUGAAUGCGAAAAAGUGAUAAAUACAUCAAAGUGGCAGAGGAGUUUAUCUCCUUUGUUAAUAAAUCAUGCACUCCGUUUCAUGCAGUAAAGACAUCUGCUGCAAUGAUCGAGUCAGCAGGGUUUCUGCACUUGGAUGAAGGAAAAGAUUGGCCUGAUAUUGUACCAGGAGGAAAAUACUACAUUACUCGAAGCGGCUCAAGUAUUGUUGCAUUUACAAUUGGUGCUAAGUUUAAUCCAGCGAAUGGACUCAAGAUUAUUGGAGCACACACUGAUUCGCCCAAUUUUGCACUCAAACCGCGCACUGUUUCAGAAAGUAAUAAAUAUCAACGUGUUGGGGUCCAGUGCUAUGGGGGUGGUCAGUGGCAUACAUGGUUUGAUCGAGAUUUGACAGUUGCCGGCAGGGUAAUUGUCGAUCGUGGAAACCUCGAAUCAGUGUUAAUUCGUAUUAACAAGCCGAUUAUGCGUAUUCCGACACUUGCAAUUCAUUUAUGUUCUGCACAGGAAAGGGAAUCCUUUUCACCAAAUAAAGAAAAACACCUAAUCCCAAUUAUUGCCACAAAAAUUGAGGAAGAUAUCAACAAUGCUGCAAAUAAUCUUCACGGUAAGCACUGUGUUCCCCUUUUUGAGGCCAUUUCCAAAGAGGCUGGUUGUGAACCCGAUCAAAUAAUUGAUUACGAUCUGUCUGUAAUUGACUACCAGGAGGCUAACAUUGGUGGAGUUAAUGACGAAUUUAUUUUUGCGCCUCGAAUCGAUAAUCUACUCUCGUGCUUUUGUGCGAUCAAGGCUUUAACAGAUUCUGCAGGAAAUGAGGAUGAACUCAUGGCAAGAGUGGUGUGUCUCUUUGACCAUGAAGAAGUGGGGUCUAGUACAGCGCAAGGAGCAGGUGGCACGCUCAUACCGGAUCUUAUCGAACGUCUUCUGGACAAGCAAACCCUCCGUUCGAGAUUGGUGGCAAACUCAUUUUUACUCUCUGUAGACGGUGCGCAUGCGGCUCAUCCCAAUUAUCCAGAAAAAUACGAAUCAACUCAUCUUCCAAAAUUGCAUCAAGGUCCUGUAAUUAAAUACAAUGCAAACGCAAGGUACGCUACAAAUGCAUGGACUGCAGCAGUUGUUAAGAAACUUGCUAAGGAAGCCUCCAUACCGAUUCAGGAAUUUGUUGUUAAAAAUGACUCACCUUGUGGUUCUACGAUUGGCCCUAUUCUCUCUACUCUAUCAGGUAUUAAAACUGUUGAUUUAGGAAAUGCAAUGCUUAGUAUGCACAGUAUACGCGAGAUGUGUGGAACUCAAGAUGUUUAUUACCUUAUCGAACUGAUUAAGAGCUUCUUUGAGAAUUACAAAAAUUGAUGAGCAAAAGAGGAAAAUUUUUAGUAAGCGAGUUACACUUCCUUAGAUAUAAGUAAAAAAAAUUAUAUUUUCAUUAGUGCUUUUACUUUCCUCUUUAAAUCCGACCUUAUGAAACACAAGCAUAAUAUUAUACUAGUAGAAAAUUAUAUGGUUUUGUAUCUCAGCCCAUUUGAUCUGUAAUGCAUAUUAUUAUUUAAUGAUAUUAAAAUAAUAAAUAAA